GGAGUUUUGAUUUUUUGGCCUUCUUUUUCCUCAGGGGGAGCGCGGCCACAGCAGGUCCUAUCUGGUGGUGAGCGGCUGUCAUGAUCUCGACAGCCCCGCUCUACAGCGGCGUGCACAACUGGACCAGUUCUGACCGGAUUCGCAUGUGUGGCAUCAACGAGGAGAGAAGAGCACCUCUUUCUGAUGAGGAGUCCACGACAGGUGACUGCCAGCGCUUUGGAUCUCAGGAGUUUUGUGUCAGCAGCAGUUUUUCCAAGGUGGAGCUCACGGCAGUUGGAAGCGGCAGCAAUGCCCGGGGGGCAGACCCAGAUGGCAGGACAGCAGAAAAACUUGGGCACAAGUCAGAAGACAAGCCUGACGACCCCCAGCCACAAAUGGACUAUGCUGGGAAUGUGGCCGAGGCCGAGGGCCUGCUGGUGCCGCUGAGCGGCGCCGGGGACGGCCUCGCGCUUCCUGCGGCUGACGGCACUGCCGAGGCCGGCGACAGCACGGCCGACUGCUCCUGGGCUCCCCUAAGCACCCAAAUGAGCAAGCAGGUGGACUGCUCAGCAGCGGGGGUAAAGGCUCUGGACUCUCGGCAUGGCGUGGGGGAGAAGAAUACUUUCAUUCUGGCCACUCUGGGAACUGGAGUCCCUGUGGAGGGAACCCUGCCUCUGGUGACCACUAACUUCAGUCCACUGCCAGCGCCCAUCUGCCCCCCUGCUCCCAGUUCGGCUGCCGUCCCCCCGUCUGUUCCGGAUCCGUUCCAGGUUCCCCUCUCCGUCCCCACCCCGGUGCCCCACUCUGGGCUAGUUCCCGUCCAGGUUGCCACUUCAGUUCCGGCCCCUUCCCCUCCCUUAGCCCCGGUCCCGGCUCUGGCCCCGGCACCGCCGUCGGUGCCCACGCUCAUCUCUGAUUCGAACCCCCUUUCAGUUUCGGCCUCAGUCCUGGUGCCCGUGCCAGCUUCGGCUGCCCCCUCAGGGCCCGUUCCCCUGUCGGCUCCGGCCCCUCCCCCCCUCUCAGUCCCAGUAUCAGCUCCUCCCUUGGCUCUGAUCCAGGCUCCCGUGCCCCCUUCAGCUCCAACCCUGGUCCUCGCGCCUGUCCCCACACCAGUUCUGGCUCCCAUGCCGGCGUCCACGCCUCCAGCGGCUCCCAACCCUCCGUCAGUGCCGAUGCCCACCCCGACUCCGUCCUCCGGCCCACCCUCCACCCCCACCCUCAUCCCCGCCUUUGCUCCUACGCCCGUGCCCGCUCCCACCCCAGCCCCGAUCUUUACUCCAGCCCCCACGCCCAUGCCGGCGGCCGCACCAGCUGCCAUUCCCACCUCUGCGCCCAUGCCAGCCUCUUUCAGUCUGAGUCGAGUAUGUUUUCCUGCAGCUCAGGCACCAGCUAUGCAAAAAGUCCCCCUGUCUUUUCAGCCAGGGACAGUACUGACCCCAAGCCAGCCGCUGGUAUAUAUCCCACCUCCGAGCUGUGGGCAGCCGCUCAGUGUGGCCACACUGCCAACCACCUUGGGGGUCUCCUCCACUCUUACACUGCCUGUCCUGCCUUCCUACCUUCAGGACAGGUGUCUCCCUGGUGUGCUGGCCUCCCCAGAGCUCCGGUCUUACCCAUACGCGUUUUCUGUGGCCCGGCCUCUGACUUCAGAUUCCAAGCUGGUCUCUCUGGAGGUGAACAGGCUUCCCUGUGCGUCCCCAUCCGGCAGCACCAGCACCCAGCCUGCGCCCGAUGGGGUCCCUGGGCCUUUGGCAGAUACUUCCCUCUCUACUGCUUCUGCCAAGGUGCUUCCAACCCCACAGCCUUUGCUGCCAGCCCCCAGCGUGAGCUCGGCCCCAACGCACCCUGCCAAGGUGCCAGGUGGCGGCGAGCAGCAAGCAGAAGGGACUUCCGUCACCUUCUCUCCCCUCAAGUCACCUCCACAGCUGGAGCGAGAGAUGGCCUCUCCACCUGAGUGCAGCGAGAUGCCCCUCGACCUCUCCUCCAAGUCCAACCGCCAGAAGCUUCCAUUGCCGAACCAACGCAAGACGCCCCCCAUGCCCGUGUUGACCCCCGUGCACACCAGCAGCAAGGCCCUCCUCUCCACAGUCUUGUCAAGGUCUCAGCGCACAACCCAGGCUGCCGGUAGCAAUGUCACCUCAUGCCUGGGCUCCACUUCCUCGCCCUUCGUCAUCUUUCCCGAGAUCGUGAGGAAUGGAGACCCGAGCACCUGGGUGAAGAACUCAACUGCGCUGAUCAGCACCAUUCCUGGCACCUAUGUGGGAGUGGCCAACCCGGUGCCUGCCUCCCUGCUGCUGAACAAAGACCCUAACCUGGGCAUCAACCGAGACCCCCGCCAUCUCCCCAAGCAGGAGCCCAUCUCCAUCAUCGAUCAAGGAGAGCCUAAGAGCUCCGGUGCCCCCUGUGGCAAGAAGGGCAGCCAGGCUGCGACUGAGGGACAGCCAAGCACAGUCAAACGUUACACCCCAGCCCGCAUCGCCCCUGGGCUGCCGGGGUGCCAAACCAAGGAGCUCUCUCUCUGGAAGCCCACGGGGCCAGCAAAUAUUUACCCACGGUGUUCAGUCAAUGGGAAACCCACCAGCACCCAGGUCCUGCCUGUUGGCUGGUCACCAUACCACCAAGCGUCUCUGCUUUCCAUUGGCAUUUCCAGUGCCGGGCAGCUGACCCCCAGUCAGGGGGUGCCCGUAAGGCCCACCAGUGUUGUUUCUGAGUUUUCUGGUGUGCCGUCUCUUGGCCCCAGUGAAGCUGUGCACGGACCUCCCGAGGGGCAGCCGCGGCCUGGGGGCCCCUUUGCUCCAGAGCAGGGCACUGGCACAAAGAACAAAACUUGCCGGAUUGCUGCCAAGCCUUACGAAGAACAAGUCAACCCCGUCCUCCUGACUCUCAGCCCUCAGACGGGGACCUUGGCACUGUCUGUCCAGCCUAGCAGUGGGGACAUAAAAGUGAAUCAGGGGCCUGAGGAAUCAGAGAGCCACCUCUGCCCCGACAGCACUCCGAAGAUAGAAGGUCCCCAGGGGGCUUGUGGCCUGAAGCUGGCAGGAGACACGAAGCCUAAAAACCAAGUGCUGGCCACCUACAUGUCCCAUGAGCUAGUCCUGGCCACCCCCCAGAACCUGCACAAGAUGCCCGAGCUGCCUUUGCUACCUCAUGACAACCGCCCCAAGGAACUCAUCUUGGAUGUGGUCCCGAGCAGCAAGAGGGGCUCCAGCACAGAGCUUUCACAGCUUGGAAGCCAGGUGGACCUGGGGCGGGUGAAAAUGGAGAAGGUGGAUGGUGACGUGGUCUUCAACUUAGCCACCUGCUUCCGGGCCGAUGGCCUCCCAGCAGCUCCCCAGAGGGGCCAAGCUGAAGUUCGGAAUAAGGCCGGGCAGGCCCGAGUGAAACAGGAAAGCGUAGGUGUCUUUGCUUGCAAGAACAAGUGGCAGCCAGACUCGGUGGUGACCGAUGGGGUGACCGAAUCUCUGCCGCCCAAGAAGAUGAAGUACGGCAAAGAGAAGGAUGGUGAGGAGCAGCAACCACAAGCCACGGUCACAGCUCGGAGUUCCCACGGACCCAAGUGCCGGAAGCCGCCUAGUGACCCCCAGGAACCCACCAAGAAAAGCCCCAGGGGGGCUUCAGAUUCAGGAAAAGAGCACAAUGGAGUCAGGGUAAAGCACAAGCACCGGAAGCCAGCAAAGCCGGAUUCCCAGUCUCCAGGAAAGCGAGCUGAUGGCCACGAGGAAGGUUCCUUGGAGAAGAAAGCAAAGAGCAGUUUCCGUGACUUCAUCCCCGUGGUUCUGAGCACGCGGACGCGCAGUCAGUCUGGAAGCAUCUGUAGCUCCUUUGCUGGUAUGGCAGACAGUGACAUGGGAAGCCAGGAAGUCUUCCCCACAGAGGAGGAAGAAGAUGUGACCCCCACCCCGGCUAAGCGUCGCAAGGUGAGAAAGGCCCAACAGGACACCCAGUAUCGCAGCCACCAUGCCCAGGACAAGACUCUGCUGAGCCAGGGCCGCCGGCACCUGUGGCGAGCCCGAGAAAUGCCCUGGAGGACUGAGGCUGCCCGGCAAAUGUGGGACACCAACGAGGAGGAGGAGGAAGAAGAUGAGGAGGAGGGCCUGGUGAAGAGGAAGAAGCGGAGACGACAGAAGAGCCGAAAAUAUCAGACUGGGGAGUACCUGACGGAGCAAGAAGAAGAGCAGCGGCGGAAAGGGAGAGCAGAUUUAAAGGCCCGUAAGCAGAAGACUUCCUCCCAAAGUUCGGAGCACCGCCUCAGGAACAGGAACCUUCUCUUGCCCAACAAAGCCCAGGGGAUCUCGGAUUCACCAAACGGUUUCCUCCCAAAUAACCUGGAGGAGCCAGCCUGCCUUGAAAAUUCAGAAAAGCCAUCAGGAAAACGAAAGUGCAAGACCAAGCACAUGGCAAAUGUCUCAGAAGAGGCCAAGGGCAAAGGUCGUUGGAGCCAGCAGAAGACACGAUCUCCCAAAUCUCCCACCCCAGUGAAGCCCACGGAACCAUGCACACCCUCUAAGUCCCGAAGUGCCGGCCCAGAGGAGGCCUCCGAGUCACCUACAGCCCGGCAGAUCCCCCCAGAGGCACGUCGGCUCAUAGUGAACAAAAACGCGGGCGAGACCCUCCUGCAGCGGGCGGCACGUCUUGGCUAUAAGGAUGUUGUUCUCUACUGCCUCCAGAAGGACAGUGAAGACGUGAAUCACCGUGACAAUGCUGGCUACACGGCCCUGCAUGAGGCCUGCUCCAGGGGCUGGACUGACAUCCUGAACAUCCUGCUGGAGCACGGGGCUAACGUGAACUGCAGCGCGCAGGAUGGCACGAGGCCAGUUCAUGACGCGGUGGUCAACGACAACCUGGAGACCAUCUGGCUCCUGCUGUCCUAUGGGGCUGACCCGACACUGGCCACCUACUCGGGACAGACAGCCAUGAAGCUGGCCAGCAGCGACACCAUGAAGCGCUUUCUCAGUGAUCACCUCUCGGAUCUUCAGGGCCGGGCCGAGGGUGACCCUGGCGUGUCCUGGGACUUUUACAGCAGUUCUGUGUUGGAGGAAAAAGAUGGCUUUGCCUGUGACCUCCUGCACAAUCCUCCCGGGAACUCUGAUCAAGAAGGAGAUGAUGUGGAAGAGGAUGAUUUUAUGUUUGAGCUCUCAGACAAGCCUCUUCUCCCCUGCUACAACCUCCAAGUGUCAGUGUCCCGAGGACCCUGCAACUGGUUCCUCUUUACCGACGUCCUGAAGAGGCUGAAGCUUUCCUCCAGGAUCUUUCAGGCUCGGUUCCCGCACUUUGAAAUUGCCACCUUGCCCAAGGCUGAGUUCUACCGGCAGGUGGCCUCCAGUCAGCUUCUGACCCCAGCCGAGAGGCCCGGAGGCAUGGACGACAGAUCAGCCCCAGGCUCCUCUGAGACUGUGGAGCUGGUGCGGUACGAGCCCGAGCUCCUUCGGCUUCUGGGGUCUGAGGUGGAGUUCCAGCCUUGGAACAGUUGACCAGGCCAAUGGC